UGUGUCGUGUCGUUUUGCUUUGAUUUUUACUUAUAUAUGCGUACUUUAAUUUAUUUUUGAUGAAAGAGGGUAUUUGCGGUCCCACAGCUGUCGAUCGUUCUGUGAUAUUUUAAAGGGACGGAUCUGCUUUUUGCAAAAGGAACAAGUUGAACGGUAUUUUGCUGUAACGGGGGAAAGGUUAUAGGUGAGCGUAUAACGGAUAGUAAACAUGACGGAUGUUGAAAUUAACGUUACGGGAGAGAUGGAGAAUCCUUAUGAAAAAAACGUUGCAGAUAAUAAUGGAUUUGAGCUGCCCAGAAUUCAAAUACCCCUUGGCCAGUUUGGACAUCCAAAGGCUCAGGAGUGGAUCCAGCACAGAAGAGCUACCCUCAGGCCGUGGUCCGUAUUUCUGGCUACCAAUAACUUUAGACCACCGCCAAAUAUCUCAAGACUGAGUAAACGUGUUGUGAAGAAUAUUGAGUACUUCCAAAGCAACUACUUUUUCGUCUUUGUUGGAUUGGUUCUCUAUUGCCUUCUCACAUCGCCACUACUGCUGAUAACAGUCGUGGCAGCUCUAUUUGCCUGUUACAAGGCAUCUCAAAUUUAUUCCAAACAUGCAAUAAUAAUUGCAAGCUACAGAUUGACACUUGCUCAAGUGUACGGAUUUAUUGGUAUUUGUUCGCUUCCAUUAUUUUACCUGGUUGGAGCUGGAGCUGUACUUUUUUGGGUUCUAGGUAUACAAUUAUUGUUAUGA